AUGCCGCAGGGCCCUGGGGCCCUGGUGCAGGUGUGGGUGGGCAGCCAGCUCUUCCAGGCCGACCGGGCCCUGCUGGUGGAGCACUGCGGCUUCUUCCGCGGCCUGUUCCGCUCGGGCAUGAGGGAGGCGCGCGCGGCCGAGGUGCGGCUGGGCGCUCUAAGCCCGGACGGCUUCCGCACCACGCUGCGGGUGCUGCAUGGCGAACGUCCGGCGCUGGCGGCCCCGGACGAGCUGCUGCAAGCCGUGGAGUGCGCCGCCUUCCUGCAGACGCCGGCGCUGGCGCGCUUUCUGGAGCACAGCCUCACGUCGGACAACUGCGCGCUGCUAUGCGACGCCGCCGCCGCCUUCGGCCUGCACGACGUCUUCCACAGCGCCGCGCUCUUCAUCCGCGACGGCGCCCACGAGCUAGCGGCCGAGCUGGCGCUGCCCGAGGCUCGCGCCUACGUGGCGGCGCUGCGACCCAGCAGCUACGUGGCCGUCAGCACGCACGCGCCGGCGCGCGGCUUCUUGGAGGACGCGUCGCGCACCGUGUGCUACCUGGACGAAGAGGAGGACGCGUGGCGCACGCUGGCCGCGCUGCCCCUGGAGGCUAGCACGCUGCUGGCGGGCGUGGGUACGCUGGGCAACAAGCUCUACAUCGUGGGGGGAGUGCGGGGCCCCAACAAGGAGGUGGUGGAACUGGGCUUCUGCUACGACCCCGACGGCGGCACGUGGCGGGAGUUCCCCAGCCCCCGCCAGCCGCGCUACGACAUGGCGCUGGCCGGCUUUGACGGCCACCUCUAUGCCAUCGGGGGCGAGUACCAGAGGAUGACCAUGAGCUUCGUGGAGCGCUACGACCCGGCCGCGGGCUGCUGGAGCUUUGUGGCCAACCUGCCGCAGCCAGCUGCUGGCGUGCCCUGUGCCCAAGCCCGCGGCCGCCUCUUCGUGUGUCUGUGGCGGCCAGCCGACACCACGACCGUGGUGGAGUACACGGUGCGGGCAGACGCGUGGCUGCCAGUGGCCGAGCUGCGGCACCCACAGAGCUAUGGCCACUGCAUGGUGGCCCACCGCGAUAGUCUCUACGUGGUGCGCAACGGACCUAAGGAUGACUUCCUGCACUGCGCCAUCGACUGCCUCAACCUGGCCACGGGCCAGUGGACGGCGCUUCCCGGCCAGUUCGUCAACAGCAAGGGCGCGCUUUUCACGGCCGUGGUGCGCGGCGACACCGUCUAUACGGUCAACCGCGUGUUUACGCUGCUCUAUGCCAUCGAGGGCGGCACCUGGCGGCUGCUCAGGGAGAAGGCCGGCUUCCCACGGCCCGGCUCCUUGCGGACCGUUCUCCUCAGGCUGCCUCCUGGUGCCGGGGGGCAGGUGGCCUCGACGACGCCAGCACUGUGACUCCUGGGCUGGGCUUUAGGAGGGGAUGCCCAGAGUCUUCUCUGAGCCAUGGCUGAUUCUGUGAGACUGGCCUUAGGAGCUGCUGGGAACUUCUCUCUCCCUGCCCCAGUUGAGAUGUUGGGGGCCUUGUGCCUUCUGCAUUCUGGUGGUGUGAACAUGCCCAAGAAUCUCAGGAAGCAACGACUCUGGGAUCUCAACCCUCAAAUUACUUGGGUUCUCUUGAGAGCUGGUGGGUCACAAUGUCGGUGGAAGGGAUGGGGGGUAGGAUUUCAAUAAUCCAGGCUAGUGUGUGAA